AUGGAGGAAACACCAAUCAGAUUUGGAGAAAGGCCACCUGAUCUUCUACGAGGCGACAUCGAGUGUGACAUCGAUAUCGGAGCAGCCUCAGUGUACUCAGGAGUGGUCACCCAGAUCUUUAAAGAGGAGUGUGGGCUGUACCAGGACAAUGUGUUCUGCUUUGUCCACCUGAGCAUCCAGGAGUUUCUAGCUGCCCUUUAUGUCUUUAUGUCAUUCAUCGACACUGGGGACAAUCUGCUCUCAGGACAACGACAAUUCCUCUGGUCUAUUUUUUCUAGAAACAAAGGAAAUGUCCAACUCUACCAGAGUGCUGUGGACAAGGCCUUACAGAGUGAGGACGGACGCCUGGACUUGUUCCUCCGCUUCCUCCUGGGCCUCUCUCUGGAGACCAAUCAGAUUGUCCUACGAGGACUGCUGGGAAAGACAGUAAGUAGCUCAAAGACCAGUAAGAAAAUGGGUUCUUACAUUAAGAAGAAGAUAGGUGGAGAUCUCUCUACAGAGCAAAGAAUCAAUCUGUUCCACUGUCUGAAUGAGCUAAACGACCGUUCUCUAGUGGAGGAGAUCCAACAGUCCCUGACAUCAGGAAGACUCUCCAAAGAAUCUCUCUCUCCUGCUCAGUGGUCAGCUCUGGUCUUCACCUUACUGUCGUCAGAAGAGGUGCUGGACGUGUUUGACCUGAAUAAAUACUCUGCUUCAGAGGAGGGUCUUCUGAGGCUGCUGCCAGUGGUCAAAGCCUCCAAAACAUCUCUGCUGAAUGGCUGUAGUCUGUCAGAGAAAUGCUGUGAAGCUCUGGCCUCAGUUCUCAGCUCCACCUCCUCUGGUCUGAGAGAGCUGGACCUGAGUACCAAUGAUCUGCAGGAUUCAGGAGUGAAGAUGCUCUCUGCUGGACUGAGGAGUCCACACUGUACUAUGGAAAAUCUAAGCCUCAAUGGCUGUGAUCUGUCAAAGGGAUGCUUUGAAGCUCUGGCCUCAGUUCUCAGCUCCAAGUCCUCUAGUCUGAAAAAGCUGGACCUGAGUACCAAUGAUCUGCAGGAUUCAGGAGUGAAGCUGCUCUCUGCUGGACUGGGGAGUCCACACUGUACACUGGAAACUCUCAGUUUAAAAGGCUGUCAUCUGUCAGAGAGAUGCUGUGAAGCUCUGGCCUCAGUUCUCAGCUCAGACUCCUCUAUUCUGAGAGAGCUGGACCUGAGUAACAAUGAUCUGCAGGAUCCAGGAGUGAAGCUGCUCUCUGCUGGACUGGGGAGUCCACACUGUACAGUGGAAACUCUCAGGUUGUCUGGCUGCCUGGUCACACAGGAAGGCUGUGCUUCUCUGGCAUCAGCUCUGAGCUCCAACCCCUCCCAUCUGAGAGAGCUGGACCUGAGCUACAAUCACCCAGGAGACUCUGGAGCUGCGCUGCUCUCUGCUGGACUGGAGGAUCCACGCUGGAGACUGGACACUCUCAGUGUGGAGCACGGUGGAGUGUGGAGGCUGAAACCAGCUCUGAAGAAGUGUAAGUAUGCCUAUGACCUGGACCCCAACACGGCCAACAGACGACUCUCUCUGUCUGAGGACAACAGGAAGGUGACGGUGGUUGGAGAGGACCAGUCGUAUCCGGAUCACCCAGACAGAUUUGACUCCCUGUCCCAGGUGUUGGGUAGAGAGGCUCUGACUGGCCGCUGUUACUGGGAGGUAGAGCGGGAAAGAUGGGUUAAUAUAGGAGUGACAUACAGAGGAAUCACAAGGAGAGGAGGGGGUGCUGACAGCAGGCUUGGACUGAACAACAAGUCCUGGAGUCUUUAUUGUUAUGAUGGUCGUUACUAUGCCCGGUACAACGGUAUAGAGACAGACCCCCCUCUCCGCCCCGCUGGCUCCACCAGAGUAGGAGUGUAUCUGGACCGGCCUGCUGGCUCUCUGUCCUUCUACAGAGUGUCCCCAGGUGGAGGAGGGUCCUCAGACACACUGACACACCUCCACACCUUCUGGUCCUCCUUCACCCAGGAGGACCUCCUCCGGGGGUGGGGUUCUGGGUAUGGCGGCGGGGGUCCUCAGCCUCUCUGUGUCGGUUGUAGAAAAACAAAACGGGCGCGGGGCCCCGGGGCGUCUGUGAUCCCUCAGAGGGGGCGGGGCAGCGGGGGGCAGACUCAGUGUGGUAAAAAAAAAAUGUGGGCAGCUGGGGCUGGGGGAGGGCUGCGGGGGGACGGGGCGCGCCACAGCCACAGCCACCCCUCCUCGUCCCAGCCGCCGGCGUGGCCGUCGACGGACUAG